AUGCCUGCUCGACGGAAGGAUGUACGAAAUGGAUUUCGAGAUGUUGACUCAGCCUGGGGACAACUCAAAGAAACAGAAAAGGAUCUGUUGUAUUCACUAUUCCUGUCUAAGGUGCAAUCUAAGCGCCACGCAAAAGUAAUUGCCAAUAGAGAGAAAACAGCGCAAAGCAAAUAUGGACGAAAAUAUAACCACUUCCUCAACAAGGUGGAUGAGGCUUAUUACGAGCUGUGUAUAGUCGCUUUCUCAAGAGUUCAGGUUGAUUCUACGAAGGAGGAUGUUCUUAUGGGUUUGGCUACAAAAACUAGAGAAAAGAGUGGUAACAUACAUCCUCGCAUUCGAUCGUUCUUUACAAACUUAAGGAAACCUAAAGCUGUAUGGGCUCCUCAAGAGUCCAGUUAA